GGCCAACCGGCAAUCUGUCAUGAAGUCGGGGGAGAGAAAACACACAGGAAAAUGGCUCUCCGACGUGAGCGGCGGGUGGAGCUGGGAGGGUUUCGGAGGAGGGAUUCGUCGGGACGUGGGAAUCAUUCUGAAGACGAGAGAGACAGGUCGCGAACGGAAUAUCUACGUCUACAACGUCGGACUUAAACUUGUUGUCGCCUUAAGCUAUGUACAACGCGAGAGCUGCAGCCAGCAGGUCCUUCCCUUUUCAACAAACGGGAAAGAAAACUGUGCAAUUUUCAGAAGCGGAAGAGUCGGCGCGGGAGCCGCUCUGCCUGCGGAGCGUUUAAGCUGUCAAAGCGAAGUUGAAGCCCCCCGAAGCGAUUUUCGGCGCGGCAAUGGAAAUGAGGGAAACGAGGUUUACGCGGAAGCGGGUUAAUGCAUUUCCAUUCGAUGGCACAUCUCGAUCUUAUGAAAACAAAAACAUAAUUAAUUUCUGCUCAGAGGAUAUGAAAUACCGGAUAUAAAAUACAAAGUGUAGCCUAUUGACAGUCGUUACGUAUUAUAGACUACUUCAUAACGAAACAAAUAAAUUGUUUGUCAUUGUGUGUAUCAGAAAUUUAAAUGUAUCUGGCGUUGAUGAUAAAAUAAAAUUACGAUACGUCUAAUUGUACUUUA